AUGUAUUUUGAAUUAUUUUCUAUUUUUGCAAAUAUAUGGGGCCCUGGCAUUAUAUUAGCCAAAGAUAAAAAUAUAAAUUCAAAAAAGAGGCUUGUUGUAGAAAAAGUAGAUAUCAAAAAAUUGGGUGUUAUAAAAAUAAUUCAAAGUGCAAUAGAUUCAGAUAAUCCUUCAUUAUUAGAAAAGGCCUUACAACUGAAAGCACCUGCUAUUACUACGGCUACAAAAGGUGCCAAGAAACGUAAAUUAGAAGAAUUUGCAAAAGAAAUAAAUGAACUUCUUGAAAAACCGACUUUUAUCGAAGCUGAACAAAAUAAUUUACUUCAGGAUUUAUGCGUUAUGCUUAAUAAAAAAUCUUCCAAGGAUCAGCUAAUUAUGGAAAUGUUUCAUUCUACAAAUAAUUAUUUCCGAGAAUUUUGUGUUCAUGGAACUAAAACAGAUUGUAAAAAAAAUCGUAAAUUCACCGUUAUCAUGGCAGACCCUCCAUGGGAUAUUCAUAUGACGCUUCCAUAUGGAACCAUGACUGAUGAUGAAAUGAAAGCAAUGGCAAUAUCAGAAUUACAAGAUGAAGGGUUGAUAUUUUUGUGGGUUACUGGUAGAGCAAUGGAAUUAGGAAGAGAAUGUCUGGCUAUUUGGGGUUAUGAUCGGGCCGAUGAAUUGGUAUGGAUCAAGACUAAUCAAUUACAACGACUAAUAAGAACAGGUCGGACUGGUCAUUGGUUAAACCAUAGUAAGGAACAUUGCCUUGUCGGAAUUAAAGGAAAUCCAGAAGGUUUAAAUUGGGGUCUUGACUGCGAUGUAUUGGUUGGUGAGGUUCGUGAAACAAGUAGAAAACCAGAUGAAAUUUAUGGUAUAAUUGAUCGAUUGGCACCAGGAACAAGAAAAUUAG